AUGCAGAUAGUGAGGACCAACUCAUCUGAAUUGCAUGUACCAUUUGAGUCACCAAAGCUUUCAGAUAACCAGUUAGCCAAAUUUGAUGUGUGCAUUGUCUGUCUAUCAGGUGUAGCUAUUACGUUAUUACUAGCCAUUUUAUACGUAUUUUUCAAAGCAAGAAAAAAAAUAUUUCAGAAUCAUAGUAAUACAUUUUUACUCAGCCUUCUUGUGGCUUUGUUAUUAAACCAAACAUGUUUGUUGUUGUUUACAAGUGUACAAAGCAUUUCAAGCAGUGGAUCUGCAUUAACUUUUUUCCGACAUUUUUCUACGACAUUAUUGAUAGCAGUUUCGUCAAACAUAGUUUCCAUCACAAUCAACCAGUAUAUACUGAUCAAAUAUAGUCUGGAAUAUGAAGCUGUGUUUAGUUCAAAACGGCAAUACGGUUUGAUCAGUCUAACAUGGAUCAUACCGAUAUGCAACUUUAUUUUUCAGUUCUUAUUUAGCAAUGAAAAGGUAAACACAGGAAUAGUAAUUUUUACAAUUUUAUCAAGUAUAAUUUUCAUCUUAUCCGUGAACACAUAUUUGUAUUUUAACAUUCUUUAUCACAUUCAAAAGAUUGGCGUAGAAUCAACUCUGCAAACUGACAGCAAGAGUUUGCUAAAGCUGAAACGAAAAGAGAAGAAAGCAUUUCGUAUCACCUUAUUUAUCGUCUCUUCAUAUUCGUUAACUUUCGUCACCUUACCAAUUAAUCAUAUUCUGAUGUUAUUUAGUAUUCACCCAAAAGAAUUUCUUUUGUUUUCAACUUAUUUGGUAAUUGCAAACACGAUCUUUGAUGCUUGUGUUUAUAUUCUAAUGAAAGAAGAUGUAAGAAAUGAAUUCAAAAGGAUCAUACUAAGAAAUAUGCGUUGGAAAAAAUCUCGUACACGCAUUGCAGCAGCCAAUACAAUCGUGCAAACUUUAGGAAAUUCUCGACAAACUUCUACAGUAGAACCCCCUCUUAACCCCCUUUAUACUGUUUUUAAGGUGCCAAAAAGACAAUUAAUGUUACUUGGGGGGUUACCAAUAGUAUAUACAGGAUUGACAAAUGGCCUGGUUGCAAAAGCUGUAUUUAUACUUCGGAUCAAAACAAACUUUGGAUUCUUGCAAGAACCCUAUAAAACAUUCUUGAUACUAGAUUCUUUUGCUAUCGAAGCUAAAAGCUCUGUGAAGGAGAAUCCACUUUAA